AGCAGCCAGAAAACGAGUAGCUGUGUUGACGCGUCCGCACGGGACGAUGAGGGGAAAAAAUGUUGGCGGCGUGCGUCACGCAACCGACGCGGGGUCGGCUGUGCGCGUGCCAUAGGAGGCAGACCUACAGACGGUCCGCUGCGGCUCAGAUAGAGAUGUGCCCACCUCCAGCCAACACGCACAAUGAUUCAUAGUGGCGCUCAUCCAACGCUGCUAUCGCCCUCGCCUCUGCGCUCGGACGUCCUCAACCCGCUUCAGGACCUGUAUGUAUAGGAUUUAGAUCCCGAGGAGCAAGCUGAGGAAAAAGCUGUUUUGUUUUUUUGUUUUUUUGUUUUUCUCCAGUGGAGAGGGAGUUGUAUCACUCAGACGCUUCCAUUUCUCAUCUCAAGUCACUUCUUUGGAUGACAGAGGAAGACCCUCAGCUCCCGUACCACCGGUUAAUCUGCAGCAGGAGCAAAUCAUGCGCUCUUCGGCUGCGCUCCCCCUAUUUACAUCCAUCCUUUCCCUCUUAACCCUCUUCGUCCUUCCCCCUGUUUUCUCCUCCCGCCCCCAGUGGAUCCUCCAGCGUCUCCCUGUGGUCCUUUCACAGCAGACGAAGCAGCAACCAGCCCCCCACUUCCUGUCCCCCGCGCGCCUUGAGGUCACUUCCUCCUGUGACCCAGAAUGUCACAAGACAGCCCGCCGCCCGAGCUACAGUGAUCUGCAGGGUCUGCUGGCCUACGAGACCCUCCAUUCUAAUGGACAGCUCACCGAGACAGCCGUGCGAAUCUUCAGCUACAACCCCAACGUCGAUACUGGCCCUGCCUAUUCCUCAGAGGCCUCUGAAAAGGCUCAGCGGUCCCACGUCAGGAGGAAACGCCAGAUCUUCGGCCAUGAUGGGCGUUUUAGUAUCGCUGGACAGAACUUCCUCCUGAAUUAUCCGUUCUCGGUGGCUGUCAAACUGUCCACGGGUUGUUCUGGUACCUUGGUGGGAGACCGCCACGUUCUGACAGCUGCCCACUGUGUUCAUGACGGUAAAAACUACGUGAAAGGAGCCCAGAAGCUCCGCGUUGGGUUUUUAAAACCCAAGCAGCGAGACAAACAGCCUUCCUCCUUCUAUUCCAACCUGACCAACCACGUCGAAGGCAGUCCCGUUCCUUAUUCCCCGCCAUCUAAUGACAAGAUGAAGUUUCAGUGGAUCAGAGCCAAGCGCACUCAUGUGCCCAAAGGAUGGAUCAAAGGCAAUGCCAAUGACAUUGGUAUGGACUAUGACUACGCUCUCCUUGAACUCAAAAAGCCCCACAAGCGCCGCCACAUGAAGCUAGGGGUCAGCCCCCCAGCUCAGCGGUUGCCCGGUCACCGGGUUCAGUUUUCAGGAUUCGAUAACGACCGUCCAGGCCAGCUGGUGUACCGGUUCUGCCGAGCCGGCGAAGAGACUCCUGACCUGCUGUAUCAGCACUGUGAUGCGCAGCCCGGUGCCAGUGGUUCGGGGGUCUACGCUCGCAUGUGGGACCGGCGGCGCCAGCGCUGGGAGCGUAAGGUGAUUGGCGUGUUUUCAGGGCACCAGUGGGUGGAGCGACAAGGGGCGUCUCAGGAGUUUAAUGUGGCAGUGAGGAUCACCCCUCUCAAAUACGCCCAGAUAUGCUACUGGAUUAAAGGAAACUAUGUAGACUGCAGAGAGGGAUGAGGAGGGGGCAGGGUGUGAGGAUAACAUCAAGAUAAAAGAGUCAAAAUACAAAAAAAGAAAAUCACAGCCGCAAGCGGCGAUUCCGGCGUCCAAGCCAACGCAGACAAUCAGGAGCUGAAAGCUUCAACAGCUUAAUUAAAACUUUCCACCAAGCUUGGUGGUGUUUGGACAAACUGUCAUUGAUUUAUGGCCAAAUUUGCACCAGGCCCAUGCAUGUGUUUGGAACUGGUGGCGCCCCUAUUGAGCGAUUAAAAAAAAAAUUUACACACGUGGUUCAGCAUUGUUAUGAAACCUAUCCUGCGAGUUUUGUAACGAUUUGGACAAACAAUUUCUGAAUGUUAGUUUGAUUUGUGUUAUGCCACGCACAUUUUAUUUUAUUUUUUUAUGCAGUUGUAGCGCUUCCUAACGGUCGAUUUGAAUAAAAGUUUCGGGGUAUGUUUCAGGUACUUAUGUGGACGUAUGCUGCAAGUUUGGUGACGAUUGGCCCGACGGUUGUUGACUUUGGUCUAUUUAUGUGCUGAGCCAUGCCCUUUUGAAGUUCAUUGGUCAAAAUCUUGAAAAUUGAAUAAGCUAUCAACAAGCUUUAUGGAGCUUUUGAUAAGAUCGGUCCAGUACUGACCCACAGAACAUUUAGUAGCAAUCGGACUGACGGUUUAGAUGUCAAAAAUGUGUAUUUAAAAAAAAAUCAAAAUGGUGGAAAAUCUAGUCAGGCGGACUUCAGUGGUUCUUGAGGCAAAUUCGUCGCGUGGGGAAUAGAUGGAUGUCUGUGCCAAGUUUCGUGUAAAUCAAACUUGUGACUUUUCGAAGUUGACCUUUAAUUAUAGCGCCCCCAUCAGGCCGAUUGGGGUCAUAUUUCUUGGGCAACACUUUCACACAACUUCCAAUUAACGGGCAAAAUCUCAUAUCUCUACCGUUUAUCAUCUCACGGAAAUGUGCGCAAACAUUUCUGAAGAAGGAAAAUAAUAAUAAACCAGCACAAAAACAAUAGAGUUUCAGCACUUUGGGCCUGAACCCUAAUGUAAAUUGCUGGCACACACACACACACACACACACACACACACACACACACACCCCGAGUGCGACAAACACGACACACACACAUACAAAGCCAGUAAUGGAGCUGUAAAGUGUAAAAGGAGGCAAGCUUGAUAAUUUCAUUUUCAAACUAGUAGUAUAGGCUCACUAACACAAUCCACCUACAUUAAACAUUGGACAGAAACACUAUAGGCCUCUAUAGUGUAUGUCUUCUUGGAGGACUACAAGCCGAACUGUAAGCUGGGGGUAGGGUUUACCAUUUUACUUUACAUUGCAGCAUUUCUUAUUCUGCUAAUACUAAAGAUUGCACUGUUAAAGCUCUUUCUUUUGGCAAAUUCCUACUGUAAAAGAAUGAAUGUAAAACUGUCCAAUGCCAAAGGUGCCUUUUUUUUCUUCUUUCCAAACCCUUUUGUAUUUCCCCUCACUGGACGUAGUAUAUCCACAUACGCAUUCUGUUAGCUUGCUUACAUUGUUGUGGUGAAAAAUCCCAAAUAUUAUAUGUGGACUGACUUUAAAUGAAUGCAGAUGACUUCUACCAAGGCUACGGAUCAUGUGAUCCAGAUGACACAGUUCAUCUUUUGUUAUUUUCACAUGGCUCCCUCUGGUGGAUAAGACAUUACAUUACCAGUAUCCAUCGCUGCUUUUUUUUCUUUUUAACUAAUCAGAGAUGGGCGCUUAUCAUCAGAAUCAGAAUACUUUAUUAAUCCCCGAGGGGAAAUUGGGUAUCCCAACAAGGCCUUGACUGACAGAAGCACUUUUUAAGAUUACUCCAUUGUUUAGCAAUUUGAGAGUCUGCCGCAAUUUAUAAAAUGUAUGCUUUUAAAUAAAAAAUAAAAAUAAAAAAAAGAAGAA